AUGGAUUAUUUUCCAAUAUCCAUAAUCCAAUAUGAACAGGCAGAUGAGCUGCUCAAAAUCUCCUCCAUUAUUGCCGGCCAACAAGACUCAAUCCAACCAGAAGAUCAUCAACUGCCGGUGAUCACCUCUUCUCAGGAUGGCUCCGAUCUCACCCACAAGCCGGACCAUAGCCGGCAUCGUAAAUCAUCCAUCUGUAAUGAUGAAGCUGAUGAUCAGAACCCUACUGACAACAAGAAGAAGAAAAAGAAGAUCAUACACAGAGAUGUUGAACGGCAAAGAAGGCAUGAAAUGGCUAUCCAUCACGCAAACCUUCAAUCACUUCUCCCUGUUGAAUAUAUCAAGGGAAAGAGGUCUAUGUCGGAUCACGUGCAUGGGGCAGUCAACUAUAUAAAACAUGUUCAGAACAAGAUCCAAGAGCUAAAUAACAAGAGAGAUGAGCUGAAAAGAUUGCUUAAAUUAUCUCCCAUUAACUCAACAGAAAAUUCUAUGGCUGCUGGGUGGGAUUCAUUGGAGGUUAGACAUUCUAGUGCAGGAGUUGAGGUUGUCAUCAACGCAAGACAAGGGCUUCCUCUAUCAAGAGUGCUCGAAGUUCUAAUGGAGGAAGAACUCAUUAUUGUUGGUUUCAUUUCAACUAAAGUAAAUGAAAGGUUGCUUCACACUAUUGAAGCUGAGCUCAGUGAUGGCCAAAGCAUUGAUCUUUGUGAGCUGCAAAAGAAGUUUAAAAACUUCAUAAUCAGCUCUUCAAAUUAG